AUGACGACUGUCGCUCUCCCCAGACCAAUUCCUCCACAUCGUUCUUCAUCUGGCAUUGUUACCUUAUCUGCCCCAAUAGCGCUCGAAGCUAUCAGUGCCCAACAGGUUUCUAGCGCAGCGCCCGCGCCCAUCCCUAACAAACACAUACCAGUUUGUCCCACCGGCCCAGCACCCGCUCGUGAGCCUAACACGCCACCACCAUCACCAGGCCGCGCGAGACUGAACGACAUAAUGAACGGCGCCGCUCAUCUUUACUGUAUCCGCCUGAGAACCGCCGUGGAUUAUCUCUCCAGACAACCUCUACCAGACCCCGCUCUAGUCUUCCCUUGGUUUCAUGGAUUGCAUCCGAGCAAUCAUAUCCAACAGACCUUUUUUGCAUCGAGGAGCAAGACUGUACGGCAGAUACCUAAUUGUUUACGUGGAAUCACAUUGGUGAAAGCAGAUGGCGAUCUCUCCACUGCACGCCUAAAAGGGGCACUUGCACCUAAUGAGUUUAUGCAACCGGGCUCCGAUGGAGAAUUCGUCGAAGUCGACCCCAGAGAAGGGUUCUCCGUUCGUAACUUUCAGAUCCAGGCUGCCAAGACGGCCGUAACGUCCGAUAUCAUAGUAUAUGGUGAGGAUGCUGGUCUAGUCCGUAAGUGGGCGUGGGAAAUCGCGUCGGCGCAAGCUAAAUGGAGGAAGAAAUACGAGUCUAUCCCGAAAUAUAACACAUUUAUUUGUGUUAGUCCGUUUAGAGAAUUCGAAAACAAACAUGGCGAGAUCGUUGCUGUUAAUUCGGAGGGUCUUCUAACAGGUGCAGUGGUUGACUUCUUCCACCAAGAGCGACUGGAGAUGUACUCAAUGACUAAAGCAACCGAGAUAUCGCGUAAUGUGUGGAUGGGCCCAACACCCGAGCCUUCAGGAGAAGAGGAACAAUCUUAUGAUAUCCUUAUCGAAUGCAGUGAUCUCGGUCGACUAAACCCUGGUGCGCUGCAAGCAAUUGCUGAGGGCACAAACGAUGAGGUAAAACAGCCUUACCUCGACUUCCCUUCGUCUGGAAGUAUCCUUCCGCCGACAUGGUCCCACGCUGAAGCUGAUGGUAUCUUGGAUACGUGCAAAUGGCUCUGGCACCUCUCGCACGGAACUUUACCUUUGAGGUCGGAUACUGAUGUAGACGGUGAUUCGAACAUGUCCGAUACAUCCUCCACCACCGAGGUCGAGAUGCGUCCUUCGCGGAGGAUUCUAAUACAUUGUGCUGAUGGGUAUACCGAGUCCACCAUGCUCGGCAUCGCAUACUUCAGCUAUAGCACCGGCCGACCGGUCCACGAAGCCUGGAUGGAUUUGCACACAAAGAUGAAGCGAAACUUCUUCGCCUAUCCGACCGACGUAUCCCUACUAACCACGAUCGCGCACCGUCUUCUCCACGAAUCCCCCAUCUGUAGCGACAAGAGCCUGCUGGAAGUUACGAACCUCGUGCGCAACGAGCCUAAGUGGCUCGCCUCCCUCGACGGUUCGUUCCCCAGCCGCAUCCUCGACUACAUGUACCUAGGCAACCUCGGCCACGCCAACAACCCGGACCUACUAAAGGCCAUGGGCAUCAACCAGAUCCUCAGCGUAGGCGAGACGGCCAUGUGGCGGGACGGCGACCUUGAGUCCUGGGGCGCGGAUAACGUGCUCGCGGUCGAGAAGGUUCAGGACAACGGCAUCGACCCUCUAACCAAGGAGUUCGAGAAGUGCUUGGAAUUCAUCGAGCGCGGCCGACGGAACGGCACCGCCACCCUGGUCCACUGCCGCGUCGGCGUUUCCCGCAGCGCGACCAUCUGCAUCGCAGAGGUGAUGCGGUCUCUUAGCCUCUCAUUCCCGCGGGCGUACUGCUUUGUGCGUGCUCGACGGCUCAAUGUUAUCAUUCAGCCUCAUCUAAGAUUCGUGUACGAGCUGCUUAAGUGGGAGGAGAUGUUGCAGCUCAGACGUCAAUGGGCUGAAAAUGUCCACGAUGCCGGGCGAGGUAUCCGAAGGGAACUCGAGUGGGGCGAGAUCGCGCGGGAGAUCGCAUCGAUGAAUCGCCCUUAUGCGAGAUAA